AUGCCGGAUAAGAUCAGAAAUAAGAAGGAUCCAUAUACUAACUUUGGUAUUUCAGGAGGACCUCCCCACUUCUGCCGGCGGCCCCGGGACACUCACAUAACGCCCUUCUGCAGCCAGCCCCGGGACAGUCCCGCACCCCCCUUCUGCAGCCGGCCCCGGGACAGUCCCGCACCCCCCUUCUGCAGCCGGCCCCGGGACAGUCCCGUACCCCCCUUCUGCAGCCGGCCCCGGGACAGUCCCGCACCCCCCUUCUGCAGCCGGCCCCGGGACAGUCCCGCACCCCCCUUCUGCAGCCGGCCCCGGGACAGUCCCGCACCCCCCUUCUGCAGCCGGCCCCGGGACAGUCCCGCACCCCCCUUCUGCAGCCGGCCCCGGGACAGUCCCGCACCCCCCUUCUGCAGCCGGCCCCGGGACAGUCCCGCACCCCCCUUCUGCAGCCGGCCCCGGGACUGUCCCGCACCCCCCUUCUGCAGCCGGCCCCGGGACUGUCCCGCACCCCCCUUCUGCAGCCGGCCCCGGGACUGUCCCGCACCCCCCUUCUGCAGCCGGCCCCGGGACUGUCCCGCACCCCCCUUCUGCAGCCGGCCCCGGGACUGUCCCGCACCCCCCUUCUGCAGCCGGCCCCAGGAUACUCCUCCACCCCCCUUCUGCAGCCCGAACCAGGACUGUCCUAUAUCCUCCUUCUGCAGCUGGCCCCGUGUCACUCCCACACACCACCUUCAGCCGGCCCCAGGACACUCCCGCACCCCUCCCUUCUGCAGCCAGCCCUGGGACACUCCCACACAUCCUCCUGCAGAUGGCUCCCUUCUACACUCCCGCACCCCCCUUCUGCAAUGGCCACAAUUCAGUCCUGCCCCCCCCCCAUGAUUUUCCUCAGGGUAGGGAUUAAAAUGCUGGCCAAGAAACGAGAACUCCUGCAGAAGUUACUACAGCCAGUAAAGGCAAGGGAAACGCAGACUCCCAGGAGGAUGGGGCAGCUGUAGAUGGAACAUAUGCAGUCGGUGACCCAGGAGUGGAAAAUGCUGUUGAGAUUAACGCCAUCUUACCCAAGGACCCGCCUCACGGCUGAACCAAGAAGGACCAGGCUGGCCAUAUAGUGCUUCCCUGCCCUGAGGAAAAUCCCAUUAUCCACUUCCAAAUGAAACUGGCACCAUUGAAUAGGACUAGAUCAGAAAUAAGAAGGGUCCAUAUACUAACUUUGGUAUUUCAGGAGGACCUCCCCACUUCUGCCGGCGGCCCCGGGACACUCACAUAACCCCCUUCUGCAGCCAGCCCCGGGACAGUCCCGCACCCCCCUUCUGCAGCCGGCCCCGGGACAGUCCCGCACCCCCCUUCUGCAGCCGGCCCCGGGACAGUCCCGCACCCCCCUUCUGCAGCCGGCCCCGGGACAGUCCCGCACCCCCCUUCUGCAGCCGGCCCCGGGACAGUCCCGCACCCCCCUUCUGCAGCCGGCCCCGGGACUGUCCCGCACCCCCCUUCUGCAGCCGGCCCCGGGACAGUCCCGCACCCCCCUUCUGCAGCCGGCCCCGGGACUGUCCCGCACCCCCCUUCUGCAGCCGGCCCCGGGACUGUCCCGCACCCCCCUUCUGCAGCCGGCCCCGGGACUGUCCCGCACCCCCCUUCUGCAGCCGGCCCCGGGACUGUCCCGCACCCCCCUUCUGCAGCCAUCCCCAGGAUACUCCUACACCCCCCUUCUGCAGCCCGAACCAGGACUGUCCUAUAUCCUCCUUCUGCAGCUGGCCCCGUGUCACUCCCACACACCACCUUCAGCCGGCCCCAGGACACUCCCGCACCCCUCCCUUCUGCAGCCAGCCCUGGGACACUCCCACACAUCCUCCUGCAGAUGGCUCCCUUCUACACUCCCGUACCCCCCUUCUGCAAUGGCCACAAUUCAGUCCUGCCCCCCCCCCAUGAUUUUCCUCAGGGUAGGGAUUAAAAUGCUGGCCAAGAAACGAGAACUCCUGCAGAAGUUACUACAGCCAGUAAAGGCAAGGGAAAUGCAGACUCCCAGGAGGAUGGGGCAGCUCUAGAUGGAACAUAUGCAGUCGGUGACCCAGGAGUGGAAAAUACUGUUGAGAUUAACGCCUUCUUACCCAAGGACCCGCCUCACGGCUGAACUAAGGUAAUAGUCAGUAUCAGUUACUGGCUUUGUAUUUUUGUUUUUGAAUUGCUCCUUUCCUUUCCCCGUAGUUCCCAAUUUGGGUGCAAAGACAUGGUGAACCCAAUUUGGGGAUGGAUCCUCAGAAGUCUUGGAUGUGGGGAGCAAAGGGGCUAUGCAGAAGGGAUUGGCUGCAUCGAAGUUCCAAUUCUGUGGAGGGCUGGAGAAGACAAGAGUUGGACCAAGCCAGGAUGGGUGGGGAGCUUGGGAGGAGAGUGGGGCAGUGGAGGUGGGGCAGCCCUACUGGACUCCAUGGGACACUGGUGUGCUGCCCUCCUCUAAGCCUUUAAUUUCAUAUAUCUUUAAAAUGUUUCUAUCUUUUAUAUCCAAAUUGCUCUUUGUUAAGACACCCCGGGGUGGUGUGCAGCCCAUCGGAUCCCUAGCAGGGAGGAGUGCAUUCUUGUAAUUAAUUUCAGUAGAUCCCAGUUAUUAAUUCCAAAGUGGGGCUUCCCCCCAGUUUCUGGGAAGAUAAAGCACCCCAUCCAGUGACAGCGCAAACACCUUUCCACUGCCGGGCACUUUCCAGAUUACAGUUACAACCGCCGUAAAAUGCUUCAGCCUGGCGGGAUCGAAUUGACAACGUAAUGAAAGGGUGUGGUGCAAGUCCACCAGCAGGGGGAGAAGUAUUUUCCAGUUUGCCCCAAAUGCCCGAAAAUGGAAAACACAGCAAUCUUUUUACAACGUUGCAGGACUGUAACAACUCCAUAAAAACCAAAAGAAGGCAUUGGAAAUGUGAAUGGCACCUUGCUGAAAGUGCAGGGGCCGCAAUGUCAAUACGUAGGCAACAGGAAAGCACUCUUUGCAGAUCUGUAGUGACAUUUUGGAAAGGGUUAACCUGGAAAGCGCCCAGGCUGACCUGCGCAUCUAACUCCUUGCAGCUGAGCUAGCUUGAGUGAGUCUGAGUGUUUUCUUAUCGGAAGCACACAGCUGAAUCUCCAAACAGAAAUACUACCUGUCGGGCAAAAGAAGGGGAGGGGAAGGGAAGAAGGAAUAAAGACAAACCCUAGUGCCUCCAACAGCAGCGGGGUUGAUGGGAGUUGUAGCCCAACAACAGCUAAAGUUUGGCCACCCCUGCAAUAAUUAAUAUAGUCUGCUGGUGCAGAACCCAAUGUGUUUAUGAAGAAAACCCAACACAUUUUGGGCAGCAGCUCUUUGGUAGGGGGCUGGAUAAAGACAUCAACAUGAAACCAAGGGAGUUGAAACUGAGGGUCAUUGAGAAAAUGUCAAUUAAGUCGUAGCAGGUCUGCCAAUCUGAAGCUCACACUUGUUAUCUUUUUCUUCUUUCUCCAUCCUAGCAGCAAAGAAGCCCUUCCCAGAAUCCCUCUUGGCAUUGUUAUUGAGGCAAACGCUGAGGGCAACCUCAGCCAGGUCAAUACACCUCAACACUGUGACAAAUCUCCCCUCGGGGUGGAUGGAGUUGUGGGCCCUAGACAAGGCAGGAAGAGGUUGAGGAGAGCAAGCCCACACCAGAUUCCCACUCCCUUUAUGGCUAGGUCCCCCAAAGCCUCAAGUCAUUCAAGGUGUUUGGAGAAGACCCACCACCACCAAAGGUUUCUUCUGUGUGGAAGGGAGGAUAGUUCUCCAUACAGAGGCUUUUUGCCUUCACCUCUGAGGCAAAAAUCACCCCCUUCUUAUCAGGGAGGCAUUGUUGCACCACAAAGCUUCACCCCAGGAGUGAAAGCCACACCUUAGUUCACAGAACCCCUUUCAAACUAGUUUCUAAAGUUGUGGCCUGAGUUUGCAACCCUUUCCGCUGCCCCAUCUCUUGAUUCUGAGCCUGGGUGCAAGACCACACCUUCUCCUAGCACUGCAUGCAGUGUGGCGGGUGCUGGUUUUGCAUCCAUUCCUGGUAAGGUAUAAGAAACAAGCCUGGAAAACACAGUGGACCAUGCUGUGACUGCAUCCUCAGUAGGGCUGUUCCUGGAUCAGCAUGUCUGAACCGGAUGAAUCGUUUUGGUGUCCCUCUUACGAGGCGCUGAAAGGAUUUGAGCACAUCCCUAAUCCUUGGUCCAUAGGGCCAACCAGGGGGAUGAGGGCAUGCUAAUAAAAGCAACCCCCAACCUCUGUUGGUUUUCUGCAGGAACACCUUGGCAUCUGCUCACACACACCCCCGGGUGACAGUGUGGGAUUAGCUGGCUGCCUUUUGGGGCCGAGUAGGAAUUUUUCCCAUCCACCCAGAUUGGCCUGGAGGUGGCUGGUUUUUUGCCUACUCCGCACUGUUGCACUGGAAGGGGUUUUUGAUCUGGCCCAUGUUAGGAGUGGUGCCUUUAAAUAGAGUAGCCCCAUGGUCACCAGCAGCAUGAUGACAGGUCAGAGGAGGGGAUACGGUGCUGCACCCUAGGGGUGGCAGCUGCACUGUGGCUUGGCUACACUGCAUCUUUUUAUUGAAACUAAGUUAAUAAAGUUAUCGCCCUAGUUUUAACCCA